AUGGCUGUGGAAAAUGACUCUUCAGUGACGGAGUUUAUUUUCAUGGGAUUAACAGAUCAACCUGAGCUCCAGCUGCCCCUGUUUUUUCUUCUCUGGGUGAACUACAUGGUCACCGUGGUGGGAAACUUGAGCUUAAUUAAUCUAAUUUUCCUGAAUUCACACCUUCACACCCCCAUGUACUUUUUCAUCUUCAAUCUGUCCUUCAUUGAUCUCUGUUAUUCAUUUGUCCUUACCCCCAAAAUGCUGGUGAGCUUUAUUUCGAAGAGGAACAUCAUCUCCUUUACAGGAUGCAUGACUCAGCUAUUUUUCUUCUGCUUUUUUGUCAACUCUGAGUGCUACGUGCUGACAGCCAUGGCCUAUGAUCGCUAUGUGGGCAUCUGUAAGCCCCUGCUGUACACAGUGGCCAUGUCCCCUCAGAGCUGUUCUCUGCUGAUGUUUGGCUCAUACCUGAUGGGGUUUGCUGGUGCCAUGGUGCACACAGGGUGUAUGAUCAGGCUCACCUUUUGUGAUUCCAACAUCAUCAACCAUUAUAUGUGUGACAUCUUCCCUCUCCUCCAGCUCUCCUGCAGCAGCACCCAUGCCAAUGAGCUGGUGAGUUCUAUUAUUGUGGGCACAGUUGUUUUAGUGUCUAGCCUCAUUAUCAUCAUCUCUUAUGCUUUGAUUCUUUUCAAUAUCCUUCACAUGUCCUCAGCUAAGGGUUGGUCCAAAGCCAUCAGCACCUGUGCCUCCCACAUAGUAACAGUUGGGCUCUUUUAUGGAUUUGGGCUGCUCACUCAUGUUAAGCCAUCAUCCGCUGGGUCUAUGGGCCAGGAGAAACUUUUUUCAGUGUUUUGCACCAAUGUGGUUCCCAUGUUGAACCCUCUCAUUUAUAGCCUGAGGAACAAAGAUGUCAAACUUGUUCUGAAGAAAACCCUGAAGAAAAUCAGAAACUGA